CCUCUUCUUGCUCCACUCUGCUGGGGUAACCGAUGUGUCCUGCUCUGUGGCUUCAGCUUGCCUGUCUAUAGGGCUGGUGUUUGUUGUGAUGGGACUGGUGUGGAUCCCCAUCCUGAAGGAGAAGCAAAGGCGGAGGCGACUCAGCCAAGGACUUGAGUAGGAGAUGAGAAAUGACUUGAUGUUAGUGAUGAUGUUCUUGUGGGGAGGGAACUUCAUACUCCCCUAUCACUUGUCAUCUUUGGGACUACUUUUUGCUCCACUUUGGAGGAUCUACUCAUCUGUUUAGUCCAAAAGAAGAGUUCCGUUGUAUGUAGACCUGCAAAAGUUCCUCCUGUUCCUUAGUGGCCUGUGACAUAAUUUGUGUUAAUUUAAGGUUUGACGAGCUCCUGUGCCAUCAUGUCCACAUCGGUGCAGAUAGAGCCUGUCAUGGAGAAGACCUACGGAGGAGUUGGCCGCUGCAAGUGCUCCUUCUGGUUCGCAGUGGUCCAAGACGUACUGGGCGUCCUUAUCAUCCUGGUGGGGGUGUUCAGCGGGGUGGUGAUUCACGAUGUGUUUAUCUACGGUGGGGCCAUCCUAAUCUUCCUCAGCCUGAUCUGGUGGGUGUUCUGGUACUCUGGGAACAUUGAUGUUCCACCAGAGGAGUUGGAGGACGACGUAGGCCUGAUCAAGUAUAAGAACAAGAAGCUCAGUCGGGCCGUGAGACGUGUUUCGGACCGUAUCUCCGACAGGAUUAGGAACUCUUUCAGAAAGAAAGGCCGCGAUUUUCAACACGGGCCAUCCGGUGACCCUAGGCCUUCAAACUCAGGUACAGAUAUAGAACUUUCCACCAUAUAUGACAACCCCAAAGGCUCUUCAUCAAAAGAACUUGUGAGAGAAGCACUCUCCAUAUGAACUAAACUAAGGAACCGUGAACUUGACUCCUUAUUUUUUGCCUUUUUUGCUGCUUUUUAAAACUUUUUUUUUUGUGUUCCCAUCUGUAAAUAUAAUUUGACACUGAAGUGAUGACUGUAUAACUUCCAUGUUGUUAAUAAGAUGUGGUUCACUGAUCCACUCAGCUCUUACUUACUGUUUUGACAGCUGAUCAUCUGUUGUUUAUUCCCGGAGGAGGACUCUAAAAUAAGUCAAAAUGAUUGAUGAGCAAUGAGGAGGCUUCAUCUUGUCUGCAUGAGCUGUAACAGGAUCAUGUGUUCCUCCUUUUAAGUUCUCUCAAUGGACACUGCUGCUAACACCUGUUUCAUUUACAUAUUUUUCCCUUUUGCAUUAAAGCACUGAAUUAUUGCUGAUCAGAUACACUUUUUCUAAUUUAGCAAUUAAAAGGACCCAGCUUGCCUAAAGCGAUAUUGUAGUUUGUUUAUAUUCAUUGUCUGAUAUCAAAGUUGUGCAAACAUUGUGCAUUUCAUUCUUUAGAAAUUAUUUUCUGUCUUUCUCAUCUGUGUUUGAACCGUAAAUCUUUUCUACUCUGAUGGAAUAAAUUCUGCUCACAGUAAAGAGCAGUAGGCCCUAAGGGUCAAGUAUUCAGAAUAAAUGAACUGAGGAUUUUUGGUAA